AUGGGACAAAAAAUAAAUCCAAUUGGUUUCAGACUUGGUACAACCCAAGGUCAUCAUUCCCUUUGGUUCGCACAACCAAAAAAUUAUUCUGAGGGUCUGCAAGAAGAUCAAAAAAUAAGAAAUUAUAUAAAGAAUUAUGUACAAAAAAAUAUGAAAACAUCUUCUGGCGUCGAGGGAAUUGCACGUAUAGAGAUUCAAAAAAGAAUCGACCUGAUCCAAAUCAUAAUCUAUAUGGGAUUUCCAAAAAUAUUAAUUGAAAGUCGACCCCGAGGAAUCGAAGAAUUACAGAUGAAUUUACAAAAAGAAUUUAAUUCUGUAAAUCGGAAACUUAACAUUGCUAUCACACGAAUUGAAAAGCCUUAUGGAAACCCUAAUAUUCUUGCAGAAUUUAUAGCCGGACAAUUAAAAAAUAGAGUUUCUUUUCGCAAAGCAAUGAAAAAGGCUAUAGAAUUAACUGAACAAGCAGAUACAAAAGGAAUUCAAGUGCAAAUUGCAGGACGUAUCGACGGAAAAGAAAUUGCGCGUGUUGAAUGGAUCAGAGAGGGUAGGGUUCCACUACAAACCAUUCGCGCUAAAAUUGAUUAUUGUUCCUAUACAGUUCGAACAAUCUAUGGGGUAUUAGGCAUCAAAAUUUGGAUCUUUAUAGAAGGGGAAUAA